UCAUAACCGGCAGACCACAGCAUUCAGGCAUCCUGUGACCAGGCAGUUUUCUCCAGAAAAUAGUGAAUUCAUUCUUCAAGAAGAGCCAAACCUACAUAUGUCAAAGCAAGAGAGAAACCAAAGACCGUCCAGCAUGGUCAGUGAAUCAUCCACAGCUGGGACCACAUCCACCCUGGAGGCCAAGCCUGGACCCAAGAUCAUCAAGUCCAGCAAUAAAGUCCAUAGCUUUGGGAAGAGGGAUCAAGCCAUUCGGAGGAACCCCAAUGUUCCGGUGGUGGUGAGGGGCUGGCUACACAAGCAGGAUAGUUCUGGGAUGAGACUGUGGAAGAGGAGGUGGUUUGUGCUUGCUGAUUACUGCUUGUUUUACUAUAAAGACAGCCGAGAAGAAGUGGUCCUGGGAAGCAUCCCUCUGCCCAGCUAUGUGAUCUCACCUGUGGCCCCUGAAGACCGCAUAAGUCGCAAGUACUCUUUUAAGGCUGUGCACACGGGGAUGCGAGCGCUCAUCUACAACAGCUCCACGGCGGGCUCCCAGGCCGAGCAGUCAGGCAUGAGGACCUAUUUCUUCAGUGCCGACACCCUGGAGGACAUGAAUGCUUGGGUGAGGGCCAUGAACCAGGCUGCACAGGUGCUGUCUCGAUCUUCACUGAAGAGGGAUUUGGAGAAAGUGGAACAGCAGGCAGUGCCUCAGGCCAACCACACAGAGUCCUGUCGAGAGUGUGGCCAUGUGGGACCUGGACACUCAAGGGAAUGUCCUCUUCACAGCCAUGAUGACUCUUUUGGCUUUGAGAGGCGGGAGCAGGAAGAAGAGCGAUACCAUUCCCAGAGGGACCCACUGGAAGGCAAACGGGACAGGAGCAAGACCAGGUCCCCAUACUCUCCCACUGAGGAGGAUGCCUUGUUUGUAGAUUUACCCAGUGGCCCAAGAGGCCAGGAGGCACAGCCCCAGCGUGCAGAGAAGAAUGGCAUGUUGCCCACCUCCUACGGCCCCGGAGAGCAGAAUGGUACUGGAGGAUACCCACGGGCCUUUCCUGCCAGGCCCACCGCAGAGAAGCACAGCCAGAGGAAGAGCAGCCUGGCUCAGGCAGAGCACUGGGCAAAGGCCCCGAAGGCGGAUGGCAGGAGCCUUCCCUCAGAGCAGACACUUCCUCGCCAGGGUCCUAGCCAGCCCCUGUCCUUCCCAGAAAACUACCAGACCCUUCCCAAGAGCAUCCGGCACCCCUCAGGGGGCUCCUCACCCCCUCCACGGAACCUGCCCAGUGACUACAAGUAUGCACAGGACCGUGCUAGCCACCUGAAGAUGUCGAGUGAGGAGCGCCGGGCACACCGGGAUGGCACCGUGUGGCAGCUGUAUGAGUGGCAGCAGCGCCAGCAGUUCCGGCAUGGCAGCCCCACAGCACCCAUCUGUGCCGGCUCCCCGGAGUUUGCAGACCAGGGCAGGAGCAGGAGCAUGUUGGAGGUGCCCCGCUCCAUCUCUGUGCCUCCAUCACCCUCAGACAUCCCUCCCCCAGGGCCCCCAAGGGUCUUCCCACACAGGCGACCAAACACACCAGCAGAGCGUGUCACUGUAAAGCCACCAGACCAGAGAAGAAGUGUGGACAUCUCACUGGGGGGCUCUCCCAGGAAGGCACGGGGCCACGCCAUCAAGAACUCCUCACACGUGGACCGACGCUCCAUGCCCUCCAUGGGUUACAUGACCCACACUGUCAGUGCUCCCAGUUUACAUGGAAAAUCGCUGGAGGAGCUCUCACUGCUUCUCACCCGGUUGCGACGGCACCAGGCCAAGUUGGCCAGUGUGCGGAAUUUUGCCGUGGGCCAGUUAUUACAGCACCAUCUGACCUUUCCCACCUGCCAGGCUGAUGACACCUAUCUUCAGCUGAAGAAAGACUUGGAAUAUCUAGAUCUAAAGAUUAAAAAUAAUGAACCUUUGAUCAACGUGCUUUACAAAGUGCUGAAGAAAUCAGCACGGGGCUGUCGGCCCAGGAGAAGCAUGACAGGCCGGGACCUUCUCAAGGAUCGAAGCCUGAAGCCUGUGAAGAUCGCUGAGAGUGACAUUGACGUCAAAUUGAGCAUCUUUUGUGAACAAGACAGGAUCCUACAGGACCUGGAAGAUAAGAUUCGAGCCCUCAAGGAGAACAAAGAUCAGCUAGAAUCCGUGCUGGAGGUGUUACACAGACAGAUGGAGCAGUACCGAGACCAGCCACAGCACCUGGAGAAGAUUUCCUACCAGCAGAGGUUGCUGCAGGAGGACCUGGUCCACAUCCGAGCCGAGCUCUCCAGAGAGUCCACCGAGAUGGAAAAUACCUGGAAUGAGUACCUGAAGUUGGAGAGUGAUGUGGAGCAGCUGAAGCAGACCCUGCAGGAGCAACACAGACGAGCCUUUUUUUUCCAGGAGAAAUCGCAGAUACAGAAGGACCUGUGGAGGAUUGAAGAUGUCCUUGCAGGUCUAAGUACAAAUAAAGAGAACUACAGAAUCCUGGUGGAAUCAGUCAAAAAUCCUGAGAGAAAAACGGUGCCUUUGUUCCCUCACCCGCCCGUGCCUUCACCCUUGACCUUGGAGAGCAAGUCGCCCCCACAGCCCAGCCCUCCUGCCAGCCCAGUGCGGACUCCUUUGGAAGUUCGGCUGUUCCCACAGCUGCAGACCUAUGUGCCCUACCGAGCUCACCCACCCCAGCUGAGGAAAGUGACGUCCCCACUUCAGUCACCAACUAAGACAAAGCCCAAAAUGGAAGAUGAGGCACCUCCCAGGCCCCCGCUUCCUGAGCUCUACAGCCCAGAGGACCAGCCACCUGCUGUGCCCCCUCUGCCAAGGGAGGCCACCAUCAUCCGGCACACUUCCGUGCGGGGCCUCAAGCGGCAGUCGGAUGAGAGGAAGCGAGACCGAGAGCUGGGGCAGUGUGUGAACGGGGACUCAAGGGUGGAGCUCCGGUCGUACGUUAGUGAGCCCGAGCUGGCCACCAUCACUGGGGACGUGGCUCAGCCCUCCCUGGGACUCGUGGGUCCUGAGAGCAGGUACCAGACUCUUCCAGGCAGAGGGCUCUCGGGCUCCACGUCCAGGCUCCAGCAGUCGUCCACCAUUGCUCCCUACGUCACACUCCGGAGGGGUCUAAAUGGGGAGAGCAGCAAGAUGACCUUCCCUAGACCCAAGAGUGCCUUGGAGCGCCUGUACUCAGGGGACCACCAGCGGGGCAAGAUGAGUGCCGAGGAGCAGCUGGAGCGCAUGAAACGGCACCAGAAGGCCCUGGUCCGUGAGCGCAAGAAGACGCUGAGCCAAGGAGAGAGGACAGGCCCAGCCUCGGCACGCUACCUUGGCCAGCUGCUCCCUGGGGACCUCGGCUCAGUAUGUUAAGCGGGCUGGGGCAGGGAGCAGAGCUGCUCCUUGAGCUGAGCGGAGCUAACCUGGGCCCCCUGAACCCAACCACAUCACCCUGAGUAGGUGGUUCAUUGACCCAGCUGCCUGAGAGAACAUCCCAUGGGGAGUAUUUGUCCUGAUCCAGGCGGCGUGUGUCAGCUGGUCAGUGUGAGACCCAGAAGUGGAACAGAGGCAGGAGAAUCUCGCAGCAGAGGCAUGGGAGCUUGAGACAAUAUGCAGCUUGUUCUCCCGCCUGUGCCUGGGAGGGGCGUUUGCAGGCACCACAACUGAACUGAAGGACUUGGGAACGUAGGGUUCAAGGAGUAGUGGAGGAAGAUGGUGAUGUGAUUUAUGAGAAGCACAAACCAUUCAACCAACCAGCUUCCCAGACUUCUAAGAUGGUCCUUGGAAGGAGAGGCAACCAAGAAGAGUUGGUUCCCCGCAACCCUAGAGCUAGCUGGUGGGCUCUCAGUGCCCCUGGUGCCCAGGAGAGCCGGGGAACCGGUGCUGCCCCCUCGUGGUGCUCCCUGGUGCUGCACCUGCACAGAGCCACUUUAGAUCCAACUUAGAAACAUUACACUUGACUUUUCCAUUUGAAAUCCCUCAUUUCCCUAGACCUCUAGCCUGACUGUUCUUCCCCUAAUUCAUUGCACAAGCUCUUUUGCUUUUAGAAUUACUGCUCGUUGCCUCUCUAAUCCCGCCUGAUUGUGUUUACAGAAGCUUUCGGUUUGCAUCGAACAUUGUCUAACUUGUCUGUACUGCUUGUUAUGAGGCUUGUAAUAGCAGCUCUUGUCUCCCUAGCCUAGCAAGCCACCCCCAGAUGUGACUCACCUUUCCACUGGCCUCCUUGGUGCAGGACUGCUGACUCACCACUCACUUGCCCCCAGAGCUGUCCCACGGCCUGAGCCAGCCCCCUGCCUGAGGACCACAGUCACUGGCAGAGGUCUGGGCUUUAUGCAAUUAGCCAAACCCAUGUCUGAUGCGUGGUUGGUAACACAGACUCCAGAGAUGGCACAUUUGAACAAGUUUCACCACAGCUGAGGUUGUUUGGAUUCCUCCAGUCCCAUCACUGAAUCUCUUAUUGGAAACCUCUUUCUCUGUUUCUGGUAUUUAAUAACUUGAAUGCAUAGCAAAAUUAACUUUGUAUUCAUGGCACCUUUCUACAGCUGUUAGCUUAGACCCAAAAGGUAUGACACAGGACAGUCAUUUCUUUAAAAGCUACAAACCCGGGGACUUUUAAACUUUAUAAGCAAACAUCAUAUGGAGUAGCACUGGCAUUUGACAACCUGAUGUCGCAAAUGUAGAGAUUAUCUAAAAAUCGAAACUUGAAUACCUUGUAAUUUCUCUCCUAAAAGACUUUUGUUAGUCUCUGCAUCAGCGCCAAUAAAUGUGAUGCUUACUAACAGUGGAUUGGAGUGGUUCUUCCCUAGGAUACUUUAGAGUCUAGUGAACUUUUUCUGUCUGGAAACAAUCAGGCUGGGUUUCAACGAGGACUGGUCUCUAUUUGGAGCACUUGUGAGCAUGUACGAAAAUGUGAUUUUUCUUUGUGAAUCAUUAAAUUAAUUUAUCCCUGAUCUUCAGUUGCCUAAUCUUUUCAAACUGUAAUUGGAAAACCACUAACUAAGAGCAAUUACAUUGAUUUAGAGUCUACAUUGAGAGCUUGUGCGUGAAUGGGUGAAAUACGCUGAUGUGGCUAUGGGGCUGGGUUUGGGAGGGACUCAAGGGCAAUAACAGUUGCGACUGCUUGGGGCUGUGGAGAGUCUGGUGGGGGGAGGUCUGGGAUGGGUAUGCUUUCUUCCCACUCGAGAGAGAGUCUCUGAACCUGUUCUGUGCUUACCAGUCUACACGGCAAUCAAAGGCCUGUCAAGAUACAGGCCCUGGGUUAACAGGAAGCCGUCACUGUCAUGCUCGGAUCUUAAAAUGAGUGGGUUAGAUUUUCCUUCAUGUAAAGAGAUGCUUGUUACAAAUUUGAUACUGUGAAACUUCUUUGGAACUAUGUGAUUUAGCAUUUCAGUUUUGCACAGUUUUUUCCCUUGGUUUAAAAUGUCUAUCCCACAUAGAUACUGUUUUAACAGUUUGUCUGCCUCACUGGCUCCAAACUGCUCCUAUCUGGACCUCCCCGGCCAUGUGGGUGCAGUAUCCCUGUGCUGAAUGGGACCUAUAGGGACCCCCAACAGAGAAGCCCAUGGUUAUUCCACUUGCUCAGCCAUGAAGGGCUCAUCUUCUCCCCUAUUUCUGCACCUGGGGUGUAUGGUUCCUGAGCUGGGAAGCCUUCUGUGAGCUAUGGCUUGGCAGAAAGGGCAAAUCCAUUCCCUGCAGCCCUGUGCCUGGUUCUGUUUUGAAGUCACCCUCUCAGACUUUUGAGCACUCUGCAUCCCUAAGGGUCCUUGUGAGCCUAGUCACGUGUGACCUAAGGUUGGUCCCAGGUCAGAGAGAAACUGAAAGUCUGGGGCCAGCAAUGUGCAGGGGCGGAGGUCCUAUUCAUCCAAGUUACAUCGCCCACCUUUCCCCUACUGGGUCACACUCGCCUUCCAAAGGACCCCAUUCCCAUUUGGCCCAUCCAGAAGGGGAUCAGCGUAGCUCAGCAGUCAGGAAGUGACUGCAAUUAACCCUCUUGUUCU